AUGACACUGUACCAGGUCAAAUAUUGCAAUGCCCAGUUCUUGCCCCUAAUCUUCAGCAGACUUAAUCCUGCACAUAGCAUAAUUCCUAACCCAUCUCACCAGGACUCAUCUGCAAAACAGACCUGCCAAAAUCUGUGUCAGAAAUGCUGGAUUAAUUACAAAGGUCAUUGUUACCCUCAAAAGAGAAUGACGUGGACCCAAGCUGAGGAUACAUACUUGCUAAAAGACAUUCUGACUUCACCUUGCUACCUGCUCAGAUUAGAUCAGAUCUCCAGCCAUUUCACAUCUCUUAUGUUUAGCCUUCUCUACUGUGCAGAAAACCUGCCGGAGCUGAAAGAUCUACCCAGCAUCACCAGUGCAGAUGAGAAUGAAUUCCUCUGUAAACUUGCUCAGGGACAGAAGGAAACCCAGUUCUGGACAGGGGGAACUUACCAAAAGACAAAUGGGUCAUUUUUGAAAUGCAGUGAUGUAUCUCUGACAACCUUCAUCUGGAGGCCUCUGUUAUCCCUUUUCAGAGCUGUUGAAGGACUAGUUAGCAGCCUGUUUAACAUAAAAAUUUGCCUGACCCUGAAUAUUGGAGGCAGGGGUGAGUGGGACGGCUCCUCCUGCCGCAAGAGGCUACCACUCAUCUGCGUUUACAAACCAAAACUGUGCACCCUUAACCUGUCACUGAACCACUGA